AUGAGGCGCGUUGCACUUGCCAGUGCUGUCCUGGCCUUCUGUCUGCCCGCCCAAUGGGUGGCAGAAUCGGUCCGCAGCUUUGCCAUGGCGAAGCGCCGCCGCGAGGACGAGGUGGCGGCACCCGUCUCCCAAGCCGUUCGGGCGGGGCUCAAGCUGCAGCGCGAGGACCCGCAGCGCGCCUUCCUGCAUGCUUGCCGUCUCCAAAUGCGAGUGAUGAUGGCCGCAAAAAACCCUCUGACCGAGCCGCUGCACAAAUUCUCCCACGGCCAAGGGGUCAUAUGGCGGGAGGACUCGCCGCCCGAGACGCCUGCCCUGUCCGCCUCGAGCAGCUCCAGCGACCUCUCCUCGGGCUGGAACAUGGGGCCGCCGGUGGAGGACGACUUUGCGAUGCUUGUGGACGAGCUUGAAGACCUGGACGAGGGACAGGGCAGUGAGGCUGCAGGCGACGAGUGCUCGGUGGACUCGCACGACAGCGAUCUGCUCGACGGUGUGCUCCGCGAGAACGAGCGAUACCGGAUCGAGGCGGAGCUCUUGCGCGCACGCCUCGCAGAAGUGGAGCUCGAUCGUGCACCCGCAAAACCCGUCCAGACGAUCGCGGCGCCGUCGAGCUACCGCUGGUCCACCGUCGGCGUCUUUGUCUGCAUCAUCUGCUCUUGCGCGCUUGUGGUCAGCCACGAGCGGCGAGAGACACGUAUUGCCGAGGAGGCCGCAGAGAUGCUCCGCCGAGCGCUCAACAAUUCCCGCGCCGAGUACGACGAGCUGCUGGUCCAUUACUCCACCCUCAAGGAGCAUCGCACCUGCGCCCUGGAACGGGAGGAGCGCAGCCUCGGCCUCGCCCCGGCCCGGGGUCCACUAGACGUGCUACUCGCCGCAGCCCACGUCGUGCUGCGGGCGGGCAGGCGGCUCCUGCCGCUCGAUCUGGGGCUGCCCGGCUUCAAGCGGCCUUCGGCCGUCGAAUCGGCAUGA